AUGAUAUUAAUAUACAUUAUUCGGAUCAAUAUGAUAUUUGGUUAGAACUUAAUAAAGCAGAAAAAAAACGACUUAAGAUGGUUGAAUCCAAUAAACCAUUUGUAAAAAAUCCAGGAUAUGAACAUCCUAAUUCUAGAUAUUAUAGUAUAUCAUUGAAUUCCAUGUUAAAAUCUAUUAAUUCAACAGUAUCAG